UUAUUACACUUGCUCGUUGUUAAUUAUAUUAUUCUUCCACUAAGCAUUUCUCUAUAUAAAUGCUAGCUAGCCAUAGUUGCCCUCACUCAAACUACAUACAUAGCACACCUGCCAUCUUUUCUUUGGUUAUAUACUUAUCAACAAUCCCCAUUUUCAUGGAUUCAUCACCUCCCUCUCUAACAUUCAAAGUGCAGAGGUGCAAACCAGAGUUGGUACCUCCUGCUUCAUCCACUCCCCACGAAGUGAAACUGCUAUCUGACAUUGACGACCAAGAUGGUUUGCGUUUCAAUAUUCCAUUCAUUAUGAUGUACCGUCACGAACCAUCAAUGGCAGACAAAGACCCUGUUCAAGCCAUUCGACAAGCGCUCUCACGAACACUUGUGUAUUACUAUCCCUUUGCCGGUAGGCUCAAGGAAGGUCCUGGCCGGAAACUCAUGGUGGAUUGUACUGGCGAGGGUGUGAUGUUCAUUGAGGCUAAUGCAGAUGUGAGUCUUGUUGAGUUUGGGGAAACACCUUUGCCUCCAUUCCCCUGCUUUGAAGAGCUUCUGUAUGAUGUUCCAGGCUCAGAACAAGUUCUUGAUAGCCCCCUUCUACUCAUACAGGUCACACGCCUCAAGUGUGGUGGUUUUAUCAUGGCCCUCCGCUUUAACCAUACCAUGAGCGAUGGAGCUGGCUUAAAGCAAUUCUUGAGUGCCCUGGCAGAAAUGGCUCAGGGUGCUUCCCAACCUUUAACUCCACCAGUGUGGUGCAGAGAGCUUCUGAUGGCAAGAGAUCCACCACGCAUCACAUGCAACCACUAUGAAUUUGAGCAAGUACCGUCAGAUUCCACUGAGGAAGGGGCCAUCACGCGGUCUUUCUUCUUUGGUUCCAAUGAGAUAGCAGCACUUCGUCGCUUAGUUCCCUUAGACCUUCGUCAUUGCAGCACAUUUGAUGUCAUUACUGCAUGCUUCUGGUAUUGUCGCACGAAAGCGUUGCAACUGGCACCACAUGACGAUAUUCGUCUAAUGACCAUUGUCAACACACGUAACAGGUUCAACCCUCCGAUACCUGUUGGUUAUUACGGCAAUUGUUUUACAUAUCCGGCGGUUGUCACCACAGUCGGGAAGCUUUGUGGAAACUCAUUUGGCUAUGCUGUGGAAUUAGUAAGGAAAGCAAAAGCCCAGGCCACCGAAGAGUACAUGCAUUCUAUGGCAGAUUUUUUGGUGGCUAACCGGCGAUGUUUAUUUACAACAGUAAGGUCUUGUAUUGUAUCAGAUUUGACACGAUUUAAGCUCCAUGAAACAGACUUUGGGUGGGGCGAGCCAGUGUGUGGCGGAGUGGCCAAAGGUGGGGCAGGGCUUUAUGGUGGAGCAUCAUAUAUUAUAGCUUGUAAGAAUGCAAAAGGGGAAGACGGUAGAGUUUUGGUAAUUUGCUUGCCUGUCGAGAAUAUGAAGAGGUUUGCAAAAGAGUUGAAUAACAUGAUUGUGUGAACUAAAACCAAGAGUGGUUCUAGCUUAUUAUUUCUCACUAGGAUACUUUGUUUUAAACUGUAGUGGAAUUAAGUUUGAUUAUGUUAAGUUUUGUUUUCUAAUUUCUAUGUUUAGAUUUGAGAGGUGGAAUUUAUAUUUGGAAUUGCAUUGUUAAACUACGUUUUAAAGAAAUGGUUUUUGUUUGGACCCGUUUCA